GCCAGUCCUGGAGACUGGAGCAUGCGCCUUGUCAGCUAAAGCUUUUGGUAGACAGUGAGCAUGCGUACCAUAUCUGAAGUUGAUAAAUUGAAAUUGAACAUGCGUAAUUAACCUUUCUGAAUAGGAAAAAAAAUACACAACAAAACUGUUCGUUUGUGGAACAUGCGCAUUCGUUCUCAGAUCUUUAGUGUUGAAAGUGAGCAUGCGCAUAGCGAGAGGGCGGGUCGUCUGAAGUUUGAAAGGGACAGAAGCGGCUGGUUCGGGGGCUGUCUGUGAGUGGGGUUAAUGGUUGUUCACUUUUUCGAGGAAAUAGGCCUAGAUUGUGGCUCAGCAUGUCAAUAGUGACAGUGCAGCUUGGUCAGUGUGGCAAUCAGAUUGGUUUUGAAGUGUUUGAUACCUUAUUCAGUGACUCACACAGCUCCCAGGGACUCUGCUCUAAGAGAGAGAAUGAAGCAUAUCAAGCAUCUUGCAAAGAAAGAUUCUUCAGUGAGGAGGAAAAUGGAGUUCCAAUUGCCCGGGCUGUACUGGUUGACAUGGAACCUAAAGUUAUCAAUCAAACACUGUCAAAGGCUGCCCAGUCUGGCCGAUGGAAAUAUGGUCAGCAUGCAUACUUCUGUCAAAAACAAGGUUCUGGAAAUAACUGGGCAUAUGGUUACUCUGUUCAUGGACCCAGGCAUGAAGAAUCUAUAAUGAACAUAAUCCAGAAAGAAGUGGAGAAAUGUGACUCUCUGAGUGGUUUUUUUAUUAUAAUGAGUAUGGCUGGGGGCACGGGAUCCGGGAUAGGAGCCUUUGUUACACAGAAUUUACAAGACCAGUACGCACACUCUUUGAAAAUGAAUCAGAUCAUAUGGCCUUAUGGAACUGGUGAGGUUAUUGUUCAGAACUACAACUCCAUUUUGACGCUUUCUCACUUGUACCGAUCUUCAGAUGCGCUGCUUGUUCAUGAGAAUGAUGCUGUCCAUAAGAUAUGUGCGAAACUGAUGAAUAUCAAGCAGAUCUCCUUUAGCGAUAUCAAUCAAGUCCUCGCACAUCAGCUGGGAAGUGUGUUCCAGCCUGUUUACUCUGCGGAAGGCUUAUUUCACUACAGAAGAAAUCCACUAGGAGACUUAAUGGAGAAUUUAGUUCCUCAUCCUGAAUUCAAGAUGUUGAGUCUUCGUAACAUUCCUCAAAUGUCUGAGAAUUCACUGGCAUACAGCACGUUUACUUGGGCUGGCCUCCUCAAGCAUUUAAGACAGAUGCUCAUUUCUAAUGCAAAGAUGGAAGAAGGUAUUGACUGGCAAGUACGACCUCCUUUAUCAGGACUUCCUCCUGUUGCUAAAAUGCCUGUCAACAAGGAGCUUCAUUUCAACACUUCCAUUGCUAACUUGGUCAUCCUUCGUGGGAAAGAUGUGCAAAGUGCGGAUCUCGGUAAGAAGUUAAGGUGAAAAUUAAGAUGUACGUUUUGCACGUGGAUGUGGUAUGUCAUAUACAUAGUUCUUUAAAGUCCCUGUAUUUAAUCUUUUUUUCUCCCAUCUCCAAUGCUAAUGGAAGGGCCCUGUAUUUAAUCUUAGAGAAAGGAAAAUAAUAACUAUGUGCUUUAGUGGCAAAAUGUAAUCAUUAUAUCGGUCAGUAUGUGCCUGACACCAAAACAGAAGUGGUUUAAACAAGAUAAAAGUUUUAUUCUUUCUUCCAAACAUCUGGUCUCUCUGUCAUCCUUACCAUGUGGCUUCCUCCUUAUAGUUCAAGAUACCUGCUUGAGCUUCAGCCAUCAAAUCACAUAGGAAUAAGCAAAGAGGGGCACAUCACACUUGCAUUUCUAUCCCAUUUACUGGGACUAAGUUCUGUGCCACAUCUAGCUGCGGGCAUGGCAGUGAGUGCGGUUAAAAUUUGGGGAUUCUAGGCCGGGCGCGGUGGCUCACGCCUGUAAUCCU